AUGGAGCGCUGGCUCGGGUCAGUAUAUAAAGAGAGGAUCUUAGCUCUUCUACAACUUAGUCCUACCAUGGCUUUUAAGGUUGCUGCCCUGCUCGCUGUCAUCGCUGCUGCCCAGGCUCAGAUUUUGAGGCCUGCUGUGGCUCCUGUGGCCUACGCUGCGAAUGCUCCAUAUGCUUACGGUGCUGCGCCAUAUGCUUAUGGUGCAUCACCAUACGGCUAUGCUGCCCCCUCACCAUUGGCUGUAGCUCGUGCACCAUUGACUGUUGCUCGCGCACCAUUGGCUGCCACACGCACACCUUACGCCGCUGCUGCCGAUCCCUACUACGACCCUAACCCAAGCUACGACUUCAGCUACUCCGUAAACGACGCUGUCACCGGAGACUCUAAGACCCAGUCAGAGUCCAGGCAAGGAGAUGUAGUUCAGGGCAGCUACUCACUCCUAGAAGCUGACGGAACUAGGAGAGUUGUCGACUACACCGCUGAUCCAGUGAAUGGGUUCAACGCCGCCGUCCGCAAGGAGGGUACUGUUGCUCCAGCACUUGCCCCAGCUGCUGUCCCAGUUCCAGUCGCUGCUCCAGCUCCAGUCGCCAUCGCCGCUCGUGCUUACUCUCCUUUUGCCGCCAGAUCAUACGCCGCCCCAGCAGUUGUUGGCAGCACCUUCACAUCUCCCUACUCCUCAUAUGCUUACUAA